UGCCCCUUGGACUGAGGGCCGGGCCGGGCGCGGGGGCGCUGGGCCGGGGAGCUCCGCCUCCGGGGUUUCCCCGCGGUGGGCGGCUGGCGGGGCGCGGGCCCGGCCGUACCGACCGCGCACGGUCCGUUCUCCGCGCCGCGAGUGCAGGCAGGACCGCGCCGCCGCCUCGCGCCCCUUCGACGCCCGGGACUGGAGCGGGCGGCCGCCGUCUCCUCCAGAAUCUCUGGCGGGCGCGGGGAGAAGCCAAAGCCACGGAGAGCACUCUGGAGCCCAUCCGGGAGGCAGACAGGUCGAGGCAGCUCCAUUCCCCCAAACUCCGCAAGUCCCGAGAUGAGUCGAGGCUGGGGAUUCUGGUUCUGCGCGGUCGGACUCCUGCUAGCGCUACAGAUUCCGCCAGGUGAUGGCAAUGAGGGCAGCGUCACUGGAAGUUGUCACUGUGAUAGAACAUUUUCUUCUGACUCCCCACCAAAGGUUAAAUACAGGAAUCAUCUCCGAAAACAACUGAAAACCUACCACCGUUGUCCUCGAUAUAUCAGGUUCCACCUACCUUUCGGGAGUGUGUGUGGGGGCAAGAAAGACCAGUGGGUUGAAGAAUUGAUGAGCUGCUUUGAUCACAAAGAAUGUGGACAUGCUUACUCGGAGACUCUGGCCCGCCAGAAACAUUUACCUCCUCCCAGCACCCAUAUUUCUGAGCCCUCAGAGGGGGCACCUUCAGACAUGCGCACCCCUGCUCAGACGCUCAUGCCAUCCACUCUGCAGUGUACCCAGCACCCCACCCUUCCACCAGGAUCACUGUCCUUGGACGAAGAGCUCCCUCAUCCCAAUGAAACCACCACUCCCACUGUGGGCCACAGUCUUGGAGUUGGGCAUAAGGCUGGGGAGAACCAGAAGCACCUGGAAGAGAAUGCUGGUCCUGAAGCUAGGAUAUCAGCCUUAGUAGCAGUGCCAUGCCUCCUGGGCUUCAUCUUUAUCCUCACUGGAAUCCUCGCGUGUGUGCUGUGCAAGAGGAGGAGGCAGUCCUCUCCAGAUUUGCAAUUUCAUUACACAAUUGUGGCACCAGAUUCCAACGCCUGAGUCAAGAACAGGAGCUUGUGAUGGUAGAGACUGUGAUUUAUUUUUGUAAAAAGUCCUUAUGGUUAACCUCUGGCACGAGUAGAUGCUCAAUACGUAUCUCUUAAUAUUUAGUAAACGACUAACUAGCUGCUGCUCUCUCUUAGAACUCUCAUUUUUUAAAAAACUGCUGUAUUACAAAAUAUUCCUUUUAUAUUGUGUAA